CCAACAUAUGAUAGGAUGAGGAAAGGGAUUCUGAAACAAGUUUUAGAUAAUGGGAAAGUUAACUAUGAAGAGGUUGAUAUUACCAAGCUUGGAGUGCAGGAAAAGAAGCAUCUUCUCGAGAGCAUACUAAAGACUGCUGAAGAAGACAAUGGGAAUUUUCUCAAUAGGAUGAGGGACAGGAUUGAUAGGGUUGGAAUUGAGAUUCCUAAGAUUGAAGUCCGGUUUGAACAUUUAUCAAUUGAAGGGGAUGCAUAUAUUGGAACAAGGGCCUUGCCAACACUACUCAAUUCUACCCUGAAUGCAGUUGAGGGAGUUCUGGGAUGUAUCAAGCUUUUGCCAUUUAAGAAAAGGGUUGUUGAGAUUCUCAAAGAUGUCAGUGGAAUUGUGAAACCAUCAAGAAUGACUCUGCUUUUGGGACCUCCAGGGUCAGGAAAAACCACACUCUUGCAGGCACUAGCUGGAAAAAUGGACAAGGAUCUAAGGGCAUCAGGAAGAAUCACUUACUGUGGUCUAGAAUUGUCAGAAUUUGUUCCUCAAAGAACAUGUGCUUAUAUUAGUCAGCAUGAUCUUCACCAUGGAGAAAUGACAGCGAGAGAAACACUUGACUUCUCUGGACGCUGCUUGGGAGUUGGAACAAGGUAUGAUCUGCUGACAGAAUUGUCAAGACGGGAACUGGCAAUAGGUAUUAAACCAGAUCCUGAGAUAGAUGCUUUCAUGAAAGCCACAGCAAUGGAAGGUCAAGAAACAAGUCUUGUUACAGAUUACAUUUUAAAGAUUCUUGGAUUGGAAAUAUGUGCUGAUAAUUUGGUAGGAGAUGAGAUGAGAAGGGGGAUAUCUGGUGGACAAAAGAAGCGUUUAACUACUGGUGAGAUGUUGGUAGGACCUGCAAAAGCCCUCUUCAUGGAUGAAAUUUCAACUGGUUUGGAUAGUUCCACGACCUUCCAAAUUAUCAGGUUUAUGAGGCAGAUCGUCCAUAUCAAUGACGUUACUAUGAUAAUCUCUCUUCUGCAACCAGCACCAGAAACAUAUAAUCUUUUUGAUGACAUAAUAUUACUUUCAGAAGGUGAGAUUGUCUAUCAAGGUCCCCGUGAGAGUGUUUUGGACUUUUUUGAAAGUGUGGGAUUCAAAUGCCCAGAAAGAAAAGGAGUUGCAGAUUUUUUACAAGAGGUAACUUCAAGAAAGGACCAAGAACAAUACUGGUUCAUAAGAGACAUACCUUACCAAUAUAUUUGUGUGCCUGAGUUUGUAGCCCAUUUCAACAAAUACAGCAUUGGUCAACAACUUUAUGAAGAGAUUCAAGUUCCAUUUGAUUCUAACAAAACUCAUCGUGCAGCAUUAGUGAAGGAAAAGUAUGGAAUCUCCAGAUGGGAACUCUUCAAGGCAUGCUUUGCAAGAGAGUGGCUAUUAGUCAAGCGCAACCAUUUUAUAUACAUAUUUAAGAUUCUGCAGAUUAUUAUCCUAUCUAUUAUUACCAUGACAGUAUUUUUAAGAACAGAAAUGAAACAUGGUAAACUUGAAGAUGGAGGAAAAUAUUUUGGAGCACUAUUUUUCAGUCUCAUCAAUGUAAUGUUCAAUGGAACUGCAGAACUUGCAAUGACUGUUAUUAGACUUCCUAUUUUCUUCAAGCAGAGAGAUUUCUUGUUUUAUCCAGCAUGGGCUUUUGCAUUGCCCAUUUGGGUCCUUGGAGUUCCUCUCUCUUUAUUGGAGUCAGGAUUGUGGAUUAUCCUCACUUAUUAUACUAUUGGCUUUGCUCCUGCAGCUAGUAGGUUUUUUCGACAAUUAUUAGCAUUCUUCUGUGUGAAUCAAAUGGCCCUAGCCCUUUUCCGCUUCAUUGCUGCAAUUGGAAGAACAAAAGUUGUGACAGUCACACUUGGAUCCUUCACAAUUUUAGUUGUUUUCGUCCUAAGUGGAUUUACUGUUUCAAGAGAUGCUAUUGAGCCAUGGAUGAUAUGGUGCUAUUAUUUUUCACCUAUGAUGUAUGGACAGAAUGCCAUAGCCAUCAAUGAGUUCCUAGACAAAAGAUGGAGUACUCCAAAUACUGAUAACAGAAUUCCUGAGCCCACAGUUGGGAAGGCUUUUCUUAAGGACAGAGGCAUAUUUACAGAAGAAUAUUGGUACUGGAUAUCUAUUGGUGCUCUUAUAGGAUUUUCUCUGGUUUUCAACAUUUGUUUCAUUCUCGCUCUAACCUUUUUGAAUCCAUUCGGGAACUCUAAAUAUAUUAUAGUGGAAGAAGAGGACAAAAGGAAAAGCAUAACUGCAUCAUCCUCAGUGGAAAAAAUGGGAACAGAAAUUCAAGAGCAGAAUUCAGCUUCACUUGCUAAAUGUUUUGAAGAUGCUGACAUGGAACUAAAAAACACCGCAUGUAGCUCAAUUCCUAAAGCAGCAGAGAAAGCAAAAUCCAAGAAGGGAAUGGUGUUGCCCUUUCGGCCUCUGUCACUUGCUUUUGAAAAUGUGAAUUAUUACAUCGAUAUGACAAAUGAAAUGAAGAAAGAAGGAAUUGCAGAUAAUAGACUCCAACUACUAAGAGAUAUAAGUGGUGCUUUCAGGCCUGGAAUUUUAACAGCAUUAGUUGGAGUAAGUGGGGCUGGAAAAACCACCAUGAUGGAUGUGCUUGCAGGAAGAAAAACUGAUGGUUAUAUUGAGGGAAGCAUCAGCAUAUCUGGUUACCCGAAGAACCAAGCAACUUUUGCUCGGAUUAGUGGAUAUUGCGAACAAAAUGAUAUCCAUUCUCCGAAUCUUACUGUCUAUGAAUCCCUUCUGUUUUCUGCUUAUCUUCGUCUCACUAAUGAGGUUGAUAAAGAAACACGAAAGAUGUUCAUUGAGGAAGUUAUAGAACUGGUCGAGCUACAUCCUGUGAGGAAUUUCAGGGUAGGCCUUCCAGGAAUAGAUGGUCUAUCUACUGAGCAAAGAAAGAGACUAACAAUCGCUGUAGAAUUGGUUGCAAAUCCUUCCAUUAUCUUUAUGGAUGAGCCAACAACUGGUCUUGAUGCUAGAUCUGCAGCAGUUGUUAUGCGAACUGUUAGAAAUACAGUAGAUACAGGUAGAACUGUUGUCUGCACAAUUCAUCAACCAAGCAUUGACAUAUUUGAAGAUUUUGACGAGCUACUUUUGAUGAAGAGAGGUGGACAAGUGAUAUAUGGCGGUCCUCUUGGUCGAAAUUCUGAGAAGCUUAUAGAGUACUUUGAGGCUAUUACAGGAGUUCCUAAGAUUAAAGAUGGAUAUAAUCCAGCCACAUGGAUGUUGGAAAUCACUUCUCCUGUAGUUGAGUCUCAGCUUGAUAUAGACUUUGCAGAAUUAUACACUAACUCAGAUCUUUACCAAAAGAACCUGGAAAUUAUCAAGGAACUGUGCACACCAGCACCUGGAACAAAGGACCUUUACUUUCCUUCUAAAUACUCCCAAUCCUUUGUUACUCAAUGCAUAGCUUGCUUCUGGAAACAGCACUGCUCCUAUUGGAGGAAUCCUGAGUAUAAUGCCAUCAGAUUCUUCAUCACAAUAGUUAUUGGAGUCAUUUUUGGACUUAUUUAUUGGAACAAAGGAGAUAAGACGGAAAAGGAACAAGACCUGUUGAAUCUCAUUGGAGCUAUGUAUUCAGCUGUUUUCUUCCUUGGAGGCUCCAACACUAGCAGUGUGCAACCUGUUGUUGCAACAGAAAGAACAGUUCUCUACCGUGAAAGAGCUGCUGGAAUGUACUCAGAAAUGCCUUAUGCAAUUGGUCAGGUAGCAAUUGAAGUAAUUUAUGUUGCAAUUCAAAGUCUAGCCUAUACCAUUAUCCUAUACUGGAUGAUUGGGUUCCAUCUGCAAGUUGGAAAUUUCUUGUUGUUCUACUACUUCAUAUUCAUGGCCUUUAUGUACUUCACACUGUUCGGAAUGAUGACUGUAUCUCUGACACCAAACCACCAAAUUGCUGCAAUAGUUAUGUCUUUCUUCCUCAAUUUCUGGAACCUCUUCUCUGGUUUUCUUAUCCCAAGAACGCAAAUUCCAAUAUGGUGGAGGUGGUAUUAUUGGGGAUCCCCUGUGGCUUGGACUAUAUAUGGAUUGGUGACAUCCCAGGUGGGUGACAAUAAUAGCCAAAUAGAUGUUCCUGGUUUUACACCUAUGACAGUAAAAGAUUACCUUGAGAGGCAAUUGGGCUUUGAGCAAAGCUUUCUUGGAUUUGUUGCUUUGACUCACAUUGCUUUCUGCCUCCUCUUCCUUUUUGUAUUUGCCUAUGGCAUCAAGUUCCUAAACUUCCAGAAAAGAUAAUCUCAGAGGAAUGAACAUAUAUGAAAACUGCUGUGAAAAAAGACGUUGGGUAAAAUUACCUAAACAA